CCACGGACUAGCCCCUCCUGUUCUCCUGGAAGCCCCUCCUCUCGGAUAUGACGCACCGGAGAAGUCUCCAGAUUUCCUGUGUUCCCCUCUGCAGCAGAUCGGCUGCCAGGACCGACCCGGAAUCGAGUCUCGGGGUCCGAGACAGACUGCACACAGCGACCGGGGAGCCGACAGCCAGCGCCGCUGCGAGAGUGACUCUUCACCGCAGCAUUGAUAGCAGAUGAGUGUGCGGGGAGCUGUGCUGCUGUUCCUAGACCCUCUGACAAAGGCUGCUGGGAGUUGUAGUUUUCCUGACCUGGACCUUGUGUGAGGGAGAGAGGAGAGGAGAGGAGAGGAGAGAGAGAGAACGUUUUGCACUAUUAUCAGAGGGCGUUGGUGGCACGCCUAUUAUGUCAGUGGACAUGAACAGCCAGGGCUCCGAGAGUAACGAGGAUUUCGAUGGCAAUUCAGAGGAGGAGGAGGAGGAGGAAGAGGACCCGGGGGACAUCGCCGAUUAUUACGAGGGUGUCGCGGGAGACAUGGAGCAGCAGGGGGCUGACGCCUUCGACCCCGAGGAGUACCUGUUCACCUGCCUCACCUACCGGGAGAGCCAGAGAGUGCUGAGCGAGCAGGUGAACAGCAUGGCCUCCACACUCAAGGUCCUGCCUGCAGUAGCUAAACUGGUCUUAGUGCACUUCCACUGGCAGCUGACUGAUAUCCUGGAGAGGCACAAGUCCAACUCUGCACAGCUGCUGCUGGACGCACACGUGCAGCCCGCCCCCUGUAACCCUGUGAGUGCGCACGCUGCGCCCCCUCACUCCUCUCUGCACUGCGGAGUCUGUCUGCAGCUCGUCAGGAAGGAGAGCCUGCUCGCCCUGCCCUGCCAGCACCCCUUCUGCAAGAGCUGCUGGGAGCAGCACUCCACUGUGCUGGUCAAGGACGGGGUGGGAGUCGGAAUCUCCUGCAUGGCGCAGGAGUGCCCGCUGCGCAUGCCAGAGGACUUUGUGCUCCCGCUGCUGCCAAGCGAAGAGCUGAGAGAGAAAUACCGGCGCUACCUCUUCAGGGACUCCGUGGAGAGUCACUACCAGCUGCAGCUGUGUCCGGGAGCGGACUGCCCCAUCGUGAUCCAGGUGCAGGAGCCGCGGGCUCGCAGAGUGCAGUGCAGCCGCUGCAGCGAGGUCUUCUGUUUCAAGUGUCGCCAGAUGUACCACGCCCCCACGGACUGCACAACCAUCAGGAAGUGGCUGACGAAGUGUGCCGACGACUCGGAAACAGCCAACUACAUCAGCGCACACACGAAAGAUUGCCCCAAGUGUAAUAUCUGCAUUGAGAAGAACGGCGGCUGCAAUCACAUGCAAUGCUCCAAAUGCAAACAUGAUUUCUGCUGGAUGUGCCUGGGCGACUGGAAGACUCACGGCAGCGAGUAUUACGAGUGCAGCCGCUACAAAGAGAACCCUGACAUCGUGAACCAGAGCCAGCAGGCGCAGGCCCGCGAGGCGCUCAAGAAAUACCUCUUCUACUUCGAGAGGUGGGAAAAUCACAACAAGAGCAUGCAGCUGGAGGCACAGACCUACCAGAGGAUCCAGGAGAAGAUCCAGGAGAGAGUCAUGAACAACCUGGGCACCUGGAUCGACUGGCAGUACCUGCAGAACGCAGCCAAGCUGCUAGCCAAGUGCCGAUACACCCUGCAGUACACCUAUCCCUACGCAUACUACAUGGAGUCCGGCUCCCGUAAGAAGCUGUUUGAGUACCAGCAGGCCCAGCUGGAGGCGGAGAUUGAGAAUCUGUCCUGGAAGGUGGAACGAGCCGACAGCUACGAGCGCGGAGUGAGCCUCACCGAGGGGGAGCUGUCCAGCUGCGACAGAGGGGAUUUAGAGAAUCAGAUGCACAUCGCAGAGCAGAGGAGACGGACGCUGCUGAAAGACUUCCACGACACCUGAGCCCUGAGCGAGCGAGAGGGACAGACAGACAGACAGACACAGAGGUCUUGCGACACAGAGGCCCAGACAGCACGCCAGGCUGCAGGACACACACCCCUCCUCUUCAUCCCUCUUUUUCUCAUCUUUCACUUUCUAGAUACCUGACUUCUGUGUGCCUCCCCUCACUGUAGUAAACUGCAGUAUUGACGCUGAUGUGCUGUAGUAAACUGCAGUAUUGACGCUGAUGUGCUGUAGUAAACUGCAGUAUUGACGCUGAUGUGCUGUAGUAAACUGCAGUAUUGACGCUGAUGUGCUGUAGUAAACUGCAGUGUUUUGGACACAAUGUGCCGUUUGUUCAUUUUUUUGAGGGUUUAUUAUUUAUCUUUUUAAUAAGAAAAAAAAAGGAAGCUAUGAAUGUUUAUAAAACUAGAAACGGAUCCAGCGUGAUGCUGUGUUUCACCUCCACUCAUCUCCUGGACUGUGGCUUAACUUUGCAUUGGAGCCAAAUCUGGAAAACCUAGCCUGGAUUUCUAAUGUAGUAAUUGUGCAGUACAGUGCAGUAUACUGCAUUGACAGACAGACCAGCCCCUCCAUAGUGAUUGCAUUGACAGACAGACUAGCCCCUCCAUAGUGAUGGCAUUGACAGACAGACCGACCAGCCUCUCCAUAGUGAUUGCAUUGACAGACAGACUAGCCCCUCCAUAGUGAUCGCAUUGACAGACAGACCAGCCCCUCCAUAGUGAUGGCAUUGACAGACAGACCAGCCCCUCCAUAGUGAUGGCAUUGACAGACAGACUAGCCCCUCCAUAGUGAUGGCAUUGACAGACAGACCAGCCCCUCCAUAGUGAUUGCAUUGACAGACAGACCAGCCCCUCCAUAGUGAUCGCAUUGACAGACAGACUAGCCCCUCCAUAGUGAUUGCAUUGACAGACAGACUAGCUCCUCCAUAGUGAUUGCAUUGACAGACAGACUAGCCCCUCCAUAGUGAUUGCAUUGACAGACAGACCAGCCCCUCCAUAGUGAUUGCAUUGACAGACAGACUAGCCCCUCCAUAGUGAUUGCAUUGACAGACAGUCUGCUUUCUGUCUGUGUUAAGCACUCCCUAUGCUUCAUUUAGAGAGGCUAAAGAAACGUUCAGAUUUAUUUGUUCCUGGUUUCUGACAGUAUCAGUAUUGAGUGUGUCAUGGCUGCAGUAUUGGCAUGGUGUCCAUCCCACUGCAGUAUCUCACCCUCCUGUCUCUCUCUGUGUCCUCUCUCUGUCUCCUGUCUCUCUCUGUGUCCUCUCUCUGUCUCCUGUCUCUCUCUCUUUCUCUUUCUCUCUCACCUGCUUUCUUCUCUUUUGGUUUUUCUUUCUUUUGAAAAUGGCUGUUUCAUAGUAUUAGGUCAUUGAAAAACACUUGUAAUUUUCAAAAGUUGUACAUGAAUACAGAACUAGAAUAACAGAAAACAACAUUUUUAAAAGUUUGCUGGCUGAGUGUGUUUUGUUCAGGUGUUUUAAGAACAAGAAUAAAAAAAACAAACAUAAGAACUUGAAAAUAGAUUUAGAAAUGCUGAAAGAAACUCUCGUAAAUUCAAAGGCAGACAUUUCAAACUCCCUCUUUCAAGUUUAUUUCAGUAUUUCUGAAUCUACCACUGUUGAGUGUUUUAGUUAUGGAUGCAACUUGACAAUAAAACGAAUUCUGUGUUGUUAAAGUUUA